AUGGCAGGUCUCGAUCUGGAUCAGCUCCAGGCUGAACUCGAGCUGAAGCGAUCGGCUCUCGCGGAUAGUAUUCUUUCCAAACUCCCUGGCCUAAGCGCACCGCAGCAAGAGAGUGCGAGUAACUCUCGUCCACGACAAGCCAACCUCGGACUGGGAGCUACUCCAAAGCAACAGCCUAACGAUGAUGCCAGUAGCAAUCGUAGAACAAGAAAUGCAGCAGAUUUGCGAUUGAAAGGUGCAUUGGCGAGCAAGAGGAAACGAUGGCAGGAUGACGAGUUGGUUCCACAAAGGAAUGGUGGUGCGGAGAGUGAGGAGGAGCAAGCGAGUAGGGCGGAUGCUAUUGGUUCUAGUAGCAAGAAGGCGAGACAGAAUGGCAGUGCGAAUGGGAUAGGCGGAGGGAAGAAAGAUCCAUUCGCAGCCAAAGGCAUCGAGGCUCAAAAAGCGGCUCAAAAUCAACCACGGAUUGUCGUUGUGGAUGGGGAACAAGUGGAUCUUAGCAAGCUUAGCAAGACUCAGAGAAAGAAGAUCAACAAGCAGCUCAAAGCUCAGGAGCGUCUCAGUACCACUCCUUCCGAGCAGGACAAGCGAGCAGCAACGACACCAACGAAAUCCAACUCCGCACAAUCGCCAACCAGAAUCGCAAGCAACAGCAGCACAAGCGUAACAGGACCAGCAGUGGCAGGAAUGACAGCACUCCAAGCUCAAAUGCUAUCCAAACUCUCCGGCUCACGUUUUCGUACUAUAAACGAAAAACUCUACACCACAGCCUCGGAAGAAGCUGUAAAGAUGAUCGAUGCUCAACCGCACAUGUUUGACGAGUAUCACCAGGGAUUCCGCGAGCAAGUUCGGGGUUGGCCGAAGAACCCACUCGAUCGCAUCGUCGAGUUGUUCCAUCCUGCCUCUGCUUCUACUACCAAGGGUAAGGGCAAAGCGAAAUCUUCACCAGCCACGACGAGCACUAGCAAAUACACAAAAGCUAUCAAAGCUCGCUUCACACCCGGAGCUCUCGUUGUUGACUUUGGCGCAGGUGAAGGCGGUCUAGCAAAGAAGCUCAUCGCCAAAGGAGGAGGAGAGAAAGUGUUAUGCUACGACCUGAUCAACACUUCCGACGGUUGGGUAAGAAAGCAGGACUCGGCUUCCAUCGGCGGUCUUCCUCUGCCUGGCUACUUCAACUCUUCUGAUCCGCUAGGGUUGACCCUUGCGCCAGAAGCAAGUGCGGAUGGCCAAGCAGAUGUAGCAGUCUUCUGUCUCUCGCUCAUGGGCACCAAUUGGAUCCAUAUGCUGCUCGAAGCAAAGCGAGUGCUUAGAACAGGAGGAGAAUUGAUUGUGGCAGAGGUAAGCAGUCGAUUUGAUGGCGCCUUUGAUCGAUUUGUUGCCAUAGUGAAAGCGCUCGGGUUUGGAUUGGAGGUGAUGGAUAGUAAGAAUACUCAUUUCGUCUUGUUCGAGUUUAUCAAAUUGACGCUGGGUGAACAUGAGAAGAUGCUGAAAGAGGUAGAAGGGGGAGCAAAGUUGCAAGGAUUGGGCGAGGGGGAGGUCAAGAGCCUCGGCUUGCACCAGUUGGCAGAGUUUGGCAAGGGUCUGUUGAAGCCUUGUAUUUACAAACGUCGCUGA